CGUCAUUGUAAACCGCGUUACACGUCGCGGUGUUCAGAUUUAACACAUUUAUUUUUUGUAAUGCUUUCGUGUAUCUUUACAUUUCGGUCGAAAUAUGGGAUUUCAUGAGCGGGACUUUACACCGGCUUGAAAAGGUGUACAUUAAAGGCACUGUUAUGGAGAAAACGGAUCUACAUUUUCGGAUCUAAGAUUUUGACCACCUCAUGGCUCAGAGGAACUUGUCACAUUAUGGGAUCCCAAAUUGCUCCAAUGAUCCCUCUCUUCUGCCUGCACUCUAAAUGCAGGAUCAUUAUCUCGUGAUGUACUCUAUUCAUAGUUUUAUGCAAAAUUAAACCAAUUUUAACCUAAUACAACUAAACAUUGGAGGACCUGCUUUCAUUAAAGUCAGAUUCACACGAUCCAUUAGAUGUGAAUUGUGAUGGAGUCACUAACAGGUGGAAGCUCACCUGCCCUCUGCUUGUAUGGCACCCUGCGCACCUGUUUCCCCAUCCUCACCUGGCUGCCCAGGUACAACCUCACUUGGCUGAAGAUGGACCUGAUCGCUGGUCUAACCGUGGGCCUUACCGUGGUUCCUCAAGCCCUGGCUUACGCAGCGGUGGCUGGUUUACCUGUGCAGUACGGUUUGUAUUCUGCUUUUAUGGGCGGCUUCAUCUAUUGUAUAUUUGGCUCAUCUAAAGACAUCACGCUGGGUCCCACGGCCAUCAUGUCCCUGCUGUGUUCCUCAUAUAUUGACGGAGACCCCGUUUUCGCCGUUGUGCUCACGCUGUUGUGCGGGGUUAUUCAAACAGGAAUGGCUCUGCUGAGGUUGGGGUUUCUUUUGGACUUCAUCUCUUAUCCGGUAAUAAAAGGAUUUACCUGCGCCGCCGCAGUCAUCAUUGGUUUUGGCCAGGUGAAGAACAUUCUAGGUCUGAAGGACAUCCCACAGAGCUUCGUUCUGCAGGUGUACUACACCUUUCACAAGAUACCAGAGGCCAGAGUAGGAGAUGUGGUUCUGGGUCUGUGCUGUCUUUUCGUCCUGGUCACGUUGAAAAUGAUGAUGACUUCUCUGGGUUCUGCUGAGGAUGAAGCCCCUCGCCUCCAGCGAACGGCCAGAGGCCUGGUGUGGAGUUUAGCCACGAUUCGGAACGCGCUAGUUGUGAUAGCGGCGACGGCUGUCGCGUACUCCGCGGAGGUCGCGGGAAGCCAUUUCUUCAGUCUGACUGGGAAAUCGGCCAAAGGCCUCCCGCCUUUCGAAGCCCCGCCCCUUUCAGAGAUAGCCAAUGGCACGGUUAUUACAUUCAGAGAUAUUGCAAAGGAUUUGGGCGGCGGCCUGGCUGUCAUUCCUUUAAUGGGCGUCCUGGAAAGCAUUGCUAUUGCCAAAGCGUUUGGUAGCAAGAACAACUACCGAAUUGAUGCCAACCAAGAGCUCUUUGCCAUCGGUCUCACAAACAUCAUGGGCUCAUUUGUGUCGGCUUACCCUGUCACGGGCAGUUUCGGAAGAACAGCAGUAAAUUCUCAAAGCGGCGUAUGUACACCUGCGGGCGGUGUGGUAACAGGUGUCAUCGUUCUGUUGUCAUUGGCAUUUCUUAUGCCGCUGUUCUUCUACAUUCCCAAAGCUUCACUUGCUGCUGUCAUAAUAUGUGCUGUCAGCCCCAUGGUUGACUUUCGGGUGCCUGUUCAGCUCUGGAGAGUCAAGAAACUUGACCUACUGCCCUUCCUGGUGACGUUUUUGAUCAGUUUCUGGGAGAUACAGUAUGGCAUCGUGGGAGGCGUGGUCGUGUCCGUGUUUAUUUUGCUAUACAUUGUGGCCAGGCCUAAAGUAAAGGUUUCGGAUAACGGCGUUGUGGUCCUGGAGUUGGACAGCGGGCUGAAUUUUCCUGUGACUGAACAUCUGAGCAGGAUUGUCUACACACAUGCGCUUCACGCGUCUCCGCCGCGAUGUGUGGUUCUAGACUGUUCUCAUGUCAGCUGUAUAGACUACACUGUUGUGCAUGAACUUGAAGAACUUCUUCAUCAGUUUGAACACAGAGGAACUUCACUAGUCUUUGCCGGACUGAAGCCUUCAGUUUUAAAGGUGCUGUUGACAGCUGAACUGCCUGCUUUCAGACAAACUGACAGUAUAGACGAGGCACUACAACUAUUGACAGAACCCUCUUAUUAUGACCAGCAAUCCUGACAACCAAUCACUUACAAGAACAGAAACCGUUCCGCCCUCUCUCAGCCAAUCAGCUGAUCACCUCUCUGACCAAUCACAUCUCAGGAAACAAGUCACUAAUACAAAAGUUACGUUUAAGAGUUUAUAACCAAAUUCAUUUUUUUGCACUAUCAAGAGAGCUUUUAAAGUCAUAAUAGCUAUUUCUUUCAACUUUUUUGUAUUUUUUCUAAAUCAUGUUCAUAAUGUUGUGACUGCAAUAUUAACAUGCACUUAUUUACACUAGAAUUAGAAACCUUCGUAAGCACUAAAAUCAGGUUUUUAGAUCUGAAUGGAUUACAAGUGAAGCGUUCUGGACUAUAUAAGCAGUACUGUAAUGUCUGUUUUCUGCAGUUCACAGCACUAAGAAGCAUUAAGUCAUAUGUUUUGUCAGCUGCACAGCAUUUGUAAGUUUACAUUUUAAUCUUGCGAUGGAAACAGAUUUGUUUUACUUUGUAUUUAAGGCUGAUUCAUACUUUGUACUGGCAGAUUUUGGACUGACCCAGAUGAAAUAGACUUUAUAACUUGAACAUUUGUCUUUCUAUAAUUCAUUUAAGUGCCAUUGUGUAGAUGCACGAAUCUGGUUAUUAAAAAUGGCAUUUGGGUUUUUCGAUACCUUUUAUAUAACAUGGGUAUAUCAGAAUGUGUUUUUUUAUUUCAGGGUAGCUUUAAAACAAAAUAACCCCCUGAAUGAAUGUAGUAAUAAAGUGAUUUGAGAAUAAAUGUCUGUUAGCUUUUUUAACAGCAGGGGGCGUAUUUGAGGCUUUUUGUAGAGCAUUACAUUUAGUCAUUUGGCAGACGCUUUCAUCCAAAGCGACUCACAGAUAAGGGAAACAACAACAUUAAAUUAUAUUAUUUUGUUUUUAAGUCAUUUUUCUUUAAGUAACUUGUGUGAGGAAUGAAGUUUUGACUUGCUUAAAGAAGCAUAAACUCUAAUUACUUAACAUUUAUAAUUCUCAUCAUCUGUGCAACCUCCAAAUCCCAAUAAUUCUUAGUUUAUCAGAUGGCAAAUGCAAUAAAUCUAAGCUUAAGCGCUUAAAAUGUAUCGAAAAACCAAAGGACAGUGAUACUGUAUAUUCUGUACAAAACCCUUAUCGCAACUUGAGUAAGUUUUAUGAUAUGGUGUGGUUGUAUGUUUGCUCUCUCAGUAAAGUGGCACACGCCCUGCUGAAGAUAAUAGACCCAACAGGUUUUUUUUUAUUGUCACACCGCAUGUUUGUUCCCCUACUGCAAACACUUCUUUUCCCUAGGCUGGAAAGACACGGAUAACCCGAGAGACUUCAUGGUAAACGUUUUAUCUUGGUUCACUAUUAAUAUGUUUAAAUAAUGUACAUUUGAAUAUGGUUACAAUGGCAGUUGUAUUGGUUUUAAUGGAAACUAUAAUGGUCUCUGUGGGAUGUCUAAUUGGUGGGAUGUUAUGUGGUGG